UCUCAUAAUAAAAAAAGUAAGGAGAAGGAAGAAUAAAGCUUUGGUUGAGACUUGAAAGGCGAAGUUUUUCAAAAGUUUGUAAGGUUUGGUUUUGCAGGCGAACUCUGCAUGAAAUAGCAGAGAAGAAGUUUGGGAUUAACAUUACAUUCCAUGGAUUGUGUCUACAUGAAUCCCCAUGAAGCCAUUGAAGCACGUGUGAAACAUCUUCUUUCUCUCAUGACAUUGAAGAAGAAGAUUGGUCAGAUGACACAAAUUGAACGCUCAGUUGCUACCCCUUCUGCCAUCAAACACUUCUCAAUUGGGAGUGUAUUUAGUGCUCCACACAAUGGAGUGAAUGGACCUUUUGAGAAGGCACUGUCAUCUGAUUGGGCUGAUAUGGUGGAUGAGUUUCAGAAGUCAGCACUUGAAUCACGAUUAGGCAUACCAAUCAUUUAUGGGGUUGAUGCAGUUCAUGGUAAUAACAAUGUGUAUGGUGCUACUAUAUUCCCUCACAAUGUUGGCCUUGGAGCUACCAGAGACGCAGAUCUAGUUCAAAGAAUUGGAGCUGCAACAGCUCUUGAACUAAGAGCAAGUGGAAUUCACUAUACUUUUGCUCCUUGUGUUGCAGUAUGCAAAGAUCCCAGAUGGGGAAGAUGCUACGAGAGUUAUAGUGGAAACACUGAAAUAGUCAGACAGAUGACUUCUGUUGUUCUAGGCUUGCAGGGCCAUCCUCCAGAAAGACAUCCAAGGGGCUACCCAUUUGUGGAUGGGAGGAACAAUGUUAUUGCCUGUGCCAAGCAUUUUGUUGGAGAUGGAGGUACAUUGAAAGGUGUAUGUGAGGGGAAUACCAUACUAUCAUAUGAAGAAUUGGAGAGGAUCCACAUGGCCCCUUAUGUGGACUGCAUAGCUAAGGGAGUUUCUACCAUUAUGGUCUCGCAUUCCAGCUGGAAUGGAAAUAAACUCCAUGGUCACCAUUUUCUACUUACUGAAAUUUUGAAAGAGAAGCAAGGUUUCAAGGGACUUUUGAUUUCUGACUGGGAGGGAAUUGAUGAAUUAUGCCCACAUUAUGGAUCAGAUUAUCGACAUUGCAUCUCCACUGCCAUUAAUGCUGGAAUUGACAUGGUGAUGGUUCCUUUCAAAUAUGAAAUAUUUAUAGAAGAGUUGAUGUCUCUAGUUCAAUCAGGGGAAAUACCAAUAGCCAGAAUUGAUGAUGCUGUUGAGCGCAUUUUGAGAGUAAAGUUUGCGGCCAAACUUUUUGAGUUUCCUUUAACAGACAAAAGUUUGGUAGAUGUAGUUGGUUGCAAGCUACACAGAGAUCUUGCCCGUGAAGCAGUUCGAAAGUCCAUGGUUCUGCUGAAAAAUGGAAAGGAUACUAGUAAACCCUUUCUUCCAUUGAACAAGAAUGCCAAAAGAAUCCUUGUUGCUGGAACUCAUGCUGAUGAUAUCGGGUAUCAAUGUGGAGGAUGGACAGGCACUAAGUAUGGAUCUAGUGGCCGAAUCACAAUCGGCACAAGUAUCUUGGAUGCUGUUAAAGAAACUGUAGGGAAUGAAGUAGAAGUUAUAUAUGAGCAAUGUCCAUCAGCAGACACCAUAGAACGUUACGAAAUUUCUUUUGCCGUUGUUGUGGUUGGAGAAGGUUCCUAUGCUGAAUGUGGAGGUGAUAAUUCAGAGCUUGUUAUCCCAUUUAAUGGUGAUGGAAUUAUAAACAUAGUUGCUGACAAAAUCCCCACACUUGUGAUUCUGAUAUCUGGUAGACCUUUGCUCUUGGAACAGUGUGUAUUGGAAAAGAUAGAUGCUCUUGUUGCUGCAUGGUUGCCAGGUACUGAAGCACAGGGAAUCACAGAUGUUAUAUUUGGAGAUCAUGACUUCAAAGGUCAACUACCAAUGACAUGGUUCAGGAGAGUUGAGCAGCUUGAUCAAACAGAUGUUGGAGUUGGUUCAUCUGACCCUUUAUUCUCUCUUGGUUAUGGACUAACAUAUGAUAAGGGCAAUUUACAUGACUAAAGACUUACUCAGAGAUCAACAGAAGGAGUUUGUGAACAAUUUUUCCUUUGGCACCAAUCAAAUAAGGGUCUAUGGAAAUGGUAUAAAAAGAGUACAUUGUUUGAGAUAAAACUAUUCAUUUAUCAUACAAUGUAUUGCAUCAUAUCGUUAACUUGAGUAUCGAAGUAUCUUACUAUACCCAGUCCAACCAAUUGGUUGAAGGAAGACAUACAAGUAAAAAAGAAUCAUCUUGAGACAUAGGAGAAGAAGUAGAUCUUGUAAGGAUAUCUGACUCUUUGCAAGAACAUCUUAUUUUGUAUCUCAUGUUGUGUAAUGAAUAUUUCAAGAAUCUUAGACUGGCCUAGCUGAUCUUGUAAUAAUGUUGAGAGGACAUGUCCUUUACCUUUGUAUUUCUCCACAAAUGCCUAAAUUGUUAACCUCUGUGCCUAUAUUCUGGUUUAUUCCCAUUGGUUUGAAUCUUUUGGGAGACAAUUGCAAUCACCCAAUGGGAUAUGAUGUUCCCACUAUCAGUCAUUUUGGUACAUAAGCCCCACUAUUUGUAGAUUCAUAGAUUAUGGCCUUAUAAAAAGCACC